UGAUGUGUAGCUUAUCGCUCAACACACAACACAGACAUAGUUGUCUGCUACAGGAACACGACGUGUGCUGGUUCAGAGCGACGCAAGCAUCAUCAGCCAGCAGCCACCACUAGACACCUGCUCCAUCACCAACCAGCAACAACCACUAGACACUAGCUCCACCAGCAGCCAGCAGCCACCACUAGACACUUGCUCCAUCAACAGCCACACAUCGGCUGUUAAAAUCUAGUGCUACCCAUCACCUGACGUCAUCUCACCAAAAUGUUGCUGAAGGUGUUAGCUGUCACGGCGCUGACUUUAGUCGUGAUUUACCUGGUGAACAUGGCGCUAUAUCUUGGCUUCCACCUCCACUACAAGAAACACCAGCCUGGAAAAUGCAGUCGAGUGAAAGGGUUGGAUUACGGAUCCGAAGAUUUCCAAGUGACCACUGAUGGUCUGGCUUUCGUCACAUCCGGUGUGUCCUUCUCGGUAGCAUCAUCAGGCUACAAAGAUUUCAUCGCCGCCAAUAAGGUCAAAGGUCGCAUCGUCUUGUUCGACUUCAAUAAACCGGAAGCUGGGGUCACCGAGUUGAAAGUUCGACCCAGUCCAAAUUUUAACCCGGACACGUUCCGUCCCCACGGCAUUUCUCUUCUGGAAGAUUCCAGGAGCAAGCAGCAUCUUCUCUACGUCGUCAGCCACCCCGACAACCUGCCGGACAGAGUCGAGAAGUUCCGAUUUCUGCCGGAGACUGGCGAACUCGAGCACGUCAAGUUUUUCACGGACGAAAAGUUUUUCCUGCUCAACGACCUGGCGGUGGUGGCGGAGGACCAGUUCUACGUCAGCAACAUGAACUACUUCACCAGCCACAAUCUGGCUUUGGCUGAAGCCAUUUUACCCCUCAACUUGGCUACAGUCGUUUUCUUUGACGGCACCAAGGGCACUGACGUCAUAACCGGCGUCACCGGGCCAAACGGGGUCACUUUAUCAACCGACAAAAGGUAUGUCUACGUGAAUUUCCCAUUUCUCUAUCAAAUGAGAGUUUAUGAAAGGAAGGGAGAUAAUUCACUAACUCUGGUCCAAACAUUAGACCUGUUUACGGGCCCUGACAACAUACAUCUCUCACUAGACGGCAAGUCCCUAUAUCUGGGUUGUCACCCUGUCUUUCACAAAGCCAUGAGUCAUCUCGACAACCCGAACCUCAGGGCUCCAUCCUCGGUGCUGAAGGUCCCUCUUGUUGACGGGCUGCCUGACCCAGAUGACAUCACAGAGGAGUUCUACGACCACGGUGACGUCAUCUCGGCGUCAUCUAUUGCUGCUGUUUAUAAUAACAGGCUGUUGAUUGGUUCAGUAAUAGACAAGCUGGUGGUGUGUGAGUGUAGGGGUUAGGUGUGUGGGUUAAGGUGUGUAGUUAAAGGUGUGUGGUCACUGGUGUGUCGGCACAGGUGUGUGGGUACAGGUGUGUGGGUACAGGUGUGUGGGUAAAGGUGUGUGGGUACAGGUGUGUGGUCACUGGUGUGUGGGCACAGGUGUGUGGGUAAAGGUGUGUGGGUACAGGUGUGUGGUCACAAGUGUGUGGGUAAAGGUGUGUGGUCACUGGUGUGUGGGCACAGGUGUGUGGGUACAGGUGUGUGGGUAAAGGUGUGUGGGUACAGGUGUGUGGUCACAAGUGUGUGGGUACAGGUGUGUGGUCACAGGUGUGUGGGUACAGGGGUGUUGUCAUAGGUGUGUGGGCACAGGUGUGUGGGUACAGGUGUGUGGGUAAAGGUGUGUGGGUACAGGUGUGUGGGUACAGGUGUGUGGGUAAAGGUGUGUGGUCACAGGUGUGUGGGUACAGGUGUGUGGGUUAAGGUGUGUGGGUACAGGUGUGUGGGUACAGGUGUCAUUGGAAUAGGUACAGCAGUGUGGGUAAAGGUGUAUUUGUUACAGUGACAAGGUGUGCGUUUAUGUUUUUGUGUGUCUUCACUUUUUGGUGUGUGGGUACAUGUGUAUGUGUUCUGGCGUGUGGGUUCAGGCGUGUGGGUAUAGGUGUAUCGAUUGGAUACAGGUGUGUGGUUACAAAGGCCAGGUGUGUGUAUUCACAUAUUCACAUGUUAAAUGUGUGUGUACAAUUAGAAAUAACAUAUGUGUAAGGUGACUUAGUCUUAAUAAAUGGCGUAAUAAUAUAGCUGAAAGAUGCUGUGAUCUCGCAUUUGACAUGGCAACCAUCUAUAUAGAUUAUGAGAUUGUUUUGAUUGUUUUAUAGCAAAGGUUUUUUUUUAUUAUAAACUGUUUCUCUAAUUAUUUACUGUUUCAUUUUACUGAAUUCUAUGCUAUAAUUAGUAUAAUUGAUACUAUUUUUUAUCUGAUGUUGUUUGUUAAAAGGGGUACCUUUUCUACAUUUAUAAUAGUCAUGUCUGGGGCAUUAGCUGUAUCUAAUUUACAAGCUACACGAUAAACUUGUUAUAUUGUUGGUUUCAUUAGCUGUAUGUAAUCUACACGAUAAACUUGUUAUAUUGUUGGUUUCUUCAAUCAAAUUCAUUCUCUCGAGAUUCUAACGUUACUCAAUUAUGUUUAGUGUGAAUUAAAAACAAUAUAUAA